ACUUUAGGUGUGAUAAUUAACUCUUAUUAUGACAAUCACAGUUUAUUUCAACAUGGAAACAAGGGGCGAAAAUAUGGGUCACCAGUACGAAUAUUUACCAAUAUUGACCCUAGUUGUAUUGAGUUACCAAAAGACGAAGGGUACAAAUACUGUAAAGUUUGUAAAAGAUGGAUUUCAUCUGAAAAUAAUCAUUGUAAUAAGUGUAAUUCUUGCACAUCAAAAGAUGGGAGGACAUACAAACAUUGCGAUUCUUGCGAUAGAUGCGUUAAACCAAGUUGGAAACAUUGUGAAAAAUGUAAUAGAUGCGCACAGCCCGAUCAUAAAUGCGGAGAUAUUGAAUUUUCACAGGAAUGUUUUCACUGCAAAGAAAAGGGUCACAAGAAAAGGGACUGCCCUAAGGUUAAUCACGAGGAAUUACAAGCGAAACGUAAAAAGGGCAUUAAUAGUAUUGGAAAGAAAAAGAAAAAAAUGAAAACUAAAUAACUUUUUAUACUGCUGAAUAACAAACGAGACAAAUUAAUAAAUAUAUAUUUAAUUUGUAAACUAUUCCUCAUUUACCAUUUCUUGGGCCCAUAUCCAAAAGGGAAAACAAAAACGUAUAGCUAGACUUUUGUCUGUAUGUCUCUUUCUUAUAACUUGUAAUGCUGUGUGUACUACCCCAUUAUGUAAACAGCUAGAUCACUGUGUACCGUGAACAAACUAAACCUUUAUAUAUAGAAACAAAUGUGCAUGCGACAUACUAUUGAGUACCUACUCUAGUACCUCAUCAGGAGUAUUGAUUAUAAGUAAAGAAAAAACUAAGUACAUCAAACAUUUUUUAUUUAAUAAGAAGGAAGUAACUGAUAUAAAAAAUGUCAAUGAUUAAUUCAAUUAAUUUUUUCAAUAUUUACAUUUGGUUUUUGAUUUACACUUAAACUACCUCUAAUAUUAUAAAUACAGAACUGACUUUAUUCUUUAUCUACAAAAUGCCCAAAAGAAU